GAGAGGGUGGGGUCGCGGAGCCGAGGGCGCGCGACUGAGCGUGGUCUUCGGGGCUUCUGUGUCAGGUUCCAGUGUCUGACUUUUCCGAGCUCCGUUUGUGUGGGGAGAGGACGUGAGAACACUACCUCUCCCACCACGCGUGGGGCGGUAAAAGACGGCUCCUUUAAUGGAAAUACCGCCCUCCCGGCGCGGAGAGCCCCCGCUGCGGGCGAGCGCGGGACGCGUGGCCGUGCUGCAGCGUCCUACAAAACCCAAGAGGGGAGGCACCGACCUAGUCUCGGCUGCAGGGGCCCGGAGUUUCCUGUUGACUGAACACAUUGGCCCUACCCGGACCUCUUGAGGGUGUUGAGCCGGGGGCUGAGGGAAGUAGGCUUCCCUUCCAACCCUUCGAAAAGGGCGUCUCGCCCCUGGCCCUAACUUUCUUUGAAAAGGAAGUGGGCUCUUCAGCUUUUUGCAAAUGUUAAAACAUGCGAUCUUAUGGGCAAAGAACUAACAACUGAUCUUUUGUUUCAUAUAAAAAAUUAUUCACGUUCUAGGAGAGAGUGGAUUUGAAUUUUAGUGGACUCAGUGUAGCAAAACUUUUAUUCAGCUACUGGGCGUGCUUAUCCCGACAGCUCCGAGAAUGUGACGAUACAGUUCUGGGCUGCUGCUUCAUAAGAGAGCGCUUCUUCUGGCAAGUUCUGUCUUCCUUGGCUAUUAUGGCUUGUGUACCUAUGAUUUAAUUUCAGGUGUGGAUUUUGAUCAGGGCCUGAGCACCAUGUGGACCGCGGAUGAGAUUGCCCGGCUGUGUUACGAGCACUAUGGGAGCAGGCUGCCCAAGCAAGGGAAGCCUGAGCCCAACCGCGAGUGGACGUUGCUCGCAGCCGUGGUGAAGAUACAACCCACAGCUGACCAGGCCUGCGACCGCUCUGACGGACCAGUGCAAGUGACAAAGGAAGUUGUCUCAAUGGGAACAGGAACCAAAUGCAUAGGCCAGUCCAAAAUGAGGAAGAGCGGUGACAUCCUCAAUGAUAGCCAUGCUGAGGUCAUAGCCAGAAGGAGCUUCCAAAGGUACCUGCUCCAUCAGCUCCACUUGGCAGCUGCCCUGAAGGAGGAUAGCAUCUUUCUCCCGGGAUCUCAGAGAGGACUGUGGAAACUCAGACCAGACCUCCUGUUUGUGUUUUUCUCCAGCCAUACACCCUGUGGGGAUGCCUCCAUCAUUCCAAUGCUUGAGUUUGAAGAUCAGCCUUGCUGUCCUGUCAGUAGAGAUUGGGCCAGUAACCCAUCAGUAGAAACUAAUGAUAACCUAGAAGCUCCUGAAGAUAAAAGGAAAUGUGAAGACCCAGAGAGUCCUGUGACUAAAAAAAUGAGGCUGGAGCCCAGGACUCCUGAUGGUACAGCUCACCGUCAGAGUUUUGGCAGUCAGGAAAGGGGCCCAAAUCCACCAAAUGUCAACAGCUCUCAUCUCAUGGCAGAGGAACUGGCCAGUGUCACUGGAAUGACCCCUAGUGGUGCCAGAGUGGUGGACGUUUAUAGAACUGGAGCCAAGUGUGUGCCUGGAGGAGCUGGAGACUCGAGGAAGCCUGGCGCUGCGUAUCACCGGGUGGGGCUGCUCCGAGUGAAGCCAGGCCGGGGGGACAGGACUUGCUCCAUGUCCUGCAGCGACAAGCUGGCACGGUGGAACGUCCUCGGAUGCCAGGGGGCACUACUGAUGCACUUCCUAGAAGAACCCAUCUACCUUUCAGCUGUGGUCAUUGGAAAGUGCCCGUGCAGCCAGGAGGCCAUGCAGAGAGCGCUGAUCGGGAGGUGUCAGAACGUCUCAGCUCUACCAGAAGGCUUUGGAGUUCAAGAAGUGAAAAUACAGCAGUCAGAUUUACUGUUUGAACAGAGCCGCUGUGCCGUGCAGACAAGAAAGGCUGACAGCCCAGGACGACUUGUUCCUUGUGGGGCAGCCAUCAGCUGGAGUGCAGUGCCUGAGCAGCCCCUGGAUGUCACCGCCAAUGGCUUUCCCCAGGGGACAACAAAGAAAGGAGUCGGACGCCCUCAGGCCAGAUCCCGAAUCAGCAAAGUAGAGCUCUUUAGAUCAUUCCAGAAGCUGCUAAGCAGUAUUUCAGAGGACAAGUGGCCAGACUCACUCAGUGGUGAGCUGUCCAGUGAGAACGUGUGUGCUCAGUGGUGUGUGUGCAUUAGGGCGCAGAAGCUGGCGACGUACCAAGACUACAAGGAGGCUGCAUCCACUUACCAGCAGGCCUGGAGUGCACUCCGGAAGCAGGCGUUUGGAUCCUGGAUCAGAAAUCCCCCAGAUUAUCACCAGUUUACAUGAGCAACGAGUUGUUUUCCAUUCGUUCAUCCUGGACUACCGUCUUCCUACAUGCUAAACAGGCCUUAGAUUUUCUUGUGGCUGAUCAGGAAAAAAGACUGCCAUCUACCAGAGCGAUAGAUCUCUUCUGUGUCGGUUGGAAUUUUGGACAUGAAACAAUCUAUACCUGAUUGAACUAUGCUUUCAAACUGUGAUGCUGGAGAAGACUCUUGAGAGUCCCUUAGUCAGCAAAGAGAUCAAACCAGUCAAUCCUAAAGGAGAUCAGUCCUGAAUAUUCAUUGGAAGGACUGAUGUUGAGGCCGAAGCUCCAGUACUUUGGCCACCUGAUGUGAAGUACUGACUCAUUGGAAAAGACCCUGAUGCCGAGAAAGACUGAAGGCAGAAGGGAAAGAGGGCAACAGGAUGAGGUGGUCGGAUGGCAUCACCAGUUCAAUGGACAUGAACUUGGGCAAAUUCUGAGAGAUGGUGAGGGAUAGGGAGGCCUGGUGUGCUGCCUUCCAUGGGAUUGCAGAGUCGGACACAACUUGGCAACUGAACAAUAACAGUACUUGACUGAAGUAGCUCUCUUAAAAUAGCAUCUUGCUAAUGACCUUGGUGUGUGUCCUGUAUUUCAUUUCUUCUCUAAGAAUAAGAAUUUGGAGUGUGAUGCUGUAAAAGUACUCUGCACCAGCUCCACUUCGUGUGUUCCUCAUUGAUUCAGCAGGUAUUUAUUGGGCUGAGAUGACGUUUGAAUCUCUGCAAAUUUUAGAGCUUUACCUGUCAUAAUGGACAUGUAUUUUGUAUACCCAGCCUUGCUUCCUUUGAAGAACCAUUCUUUCCUGCUUUAUCCCUGAGACUGGGGUGAAGCGGACUUUCCUCAUUGACUCCAGCAGUGUGAGCCAACACUGAACAGUCCUGGAACGAACACCAGGGCGUCAGGAAAGAUGCCCUUUCUUCUCAUAUCCGGAGCUGUAAGCACCAGGUAACCUGGGACUGCCUGGGGCUGCCUUUGCCCACUGCACAGACAGCCAGCUGGAGAAGGAAGGUGAUGAAUGAAAAAACAGCCCAGAGGAUGAAGGCUCUCGUGACCUUGUCUGGAUGCCUGAAACUAGUGCCCACUCUGGACUUCAAUGAUGUGACAUAAAUUGCUCUUGUUAUUUUGAGUAAGCUCGUUUGACUCCGUUUUCUGUGACUUUCAUUGGAAAGAGUUGUGUCUAAAAGGCCAAACAAAAGUCCCUAUAGCAACUCAGCAGCACACCUAGAAACCAGGCCUGUUUUUACUAACAUCUAGUAUUUAACUCUCAACCUCUUCACCCUCUAAUAUACUGACUGGAAUUGGAAGCUCUCUGUGUUGGGAUUACUCAAGGAUCUUGUUGGUUCUUUAAUAUUUCUUUAUAGCUUUAAAUAUUUUUAAUAACAGCUUUAUUGAGAUGUAAUUCACAUACCAAAAAAUUCACCCAUUUAAAAUGUACAGUUUAGUGAUUUUUAGUAUAUCCACAAAGAUAUGCAAAAUCACCACAAUCGAUCUUAGAACAUUUUUGUUCUAAACUGGGGGUGGGGGGUGCUAUCUGACCCAGUACAGUACCCAUCAGCAGCCGCUCCUCACAUCCCCUCAAGACCCCCACUAACCCCAGGGAAGCAGCAGUCUACAUUGUGUCUGUAUGGAUUUGCCUAUUCUGAACAUUUUAUAUAAAUGAAAUCAUACAAUA